AUGAUACUAGCGUUCGAGAGAGGGAGUCCUGAAUGGUGGCGCGAUGUGACACCACCGCCACUGCCCCAACCACAAGAUCGUCGGAUCGAGGAACUUUUCCUAAAGCAGUGUCCGCCGGUAUUCAAUGGUUUGGGAGACCCGAAAGAAGCUGAGACUUGGGUCAAGGCACUAGAACGCCUAUUUGACUUCCUACGUUUCCCGGACAAAGACCGACUGAGAUGUGCAUCAUUCCAGCUGAUUAAAUCUGCGGAUUUGUGGUGGGAAGGGAGAAAGAAAACAAUAACUCUAGGACAAUUGGAGGGGACUACUUGGGAACAAUUCAAGACUGAGUUUUAUAAUAAGUAUGUUCCCCUGAACUAUCGAAGGGAAAAGGAAGUGGAAUUCUGUAACUUGAGACAAGGACCGAUGUCCGUGACAGACUACGAUCGGUUGCUCUGCGAUAUGUCCAAAUAUGCACCGGAGCAGGUGGAUACUGAUGAGAAAAUGGCUAGGAAAUUUCGUGCCGGUCUGAGGCACGAAAUUCGAAUGGCGUUGGUUCGCCACGGGAGGUUGACAUACCCUGAAUCUCUAAGAGAAGCACUAUAUGUUGAAUCUACUUUAGCAAAGGAGGAACCCGCACCGGUCACCACUACCGCAUUCCGCCAAGUCCAGGCUCAAGCACCUAGGAACAAGAAACAGUUGAAUGGACAACUGACUCAACUCGGGCCCAAGAAAGCUCGGCUAAAACAGAACAAGCCACGAGGGUUCGGGAGGCAAACGACCCCCAAAACAGUCAGGAAAUAUCAACAAGAACCCCCCGUUUGCCCAGAGUGCAAUAGAACGCACUAUGGGAUAUGCAAGGCGGGAACAGGAGCUUGCUUUGCAUGUGGGCAGAGCGGACAUUUUAAGAAACAUUGUCCGACAAAACCCCUGGAAAUCGGGACGAGGUCACACCCGACAAUUCAGUCAGAACUGCGGACACCACACACACAACUUGGAGCAAAUCCACAAGUGCCACCGCCAAAUUAUCAGCAGCCGCAAGGUCUCCUGUCACAGGCUUGA